AUGGGGUGUUUGGGCAACAGCAAGACGUCAGAAGACCAGGGCGUCGAUGAAAAGGAGCGGCGCGAGGCCAACAAGAAGAUCGAGAAGCAGUUGCAAAAGGAGCGGCUGGCUUACAAAGCGACUCACCGCCUACUGCUGCUGGGGGCUGGUGAGUCUGGGAAAAGCACUAUCGUCAAGCAAAUGAGGAUCCUGCACGUCAACGGAUUUAAUCCAGAAGAGAAGAAACAGAAAAUUCUGGACAUCCGGAAAAACGUUAAGGAUGCUAUUGUGACAAUUGUGUCGGCGAUGAGUACCAUAAUUCCCCCCGUUCCACUGGCCAACCCGGAAAACCAGUUUCGAUCAGACUAUAUCAAGAGCAUUGCCCCCAUCACAGACUUUGAAUAUUCCCAGGAAUUCUUCGAUCAUGUGAAGAAGCUCUGGGAUGAUGAAGGCGUGAAGGCCUGCUUCGAGCGGUCCAACGAGUACCAGCUCAUCGACUGCGCCCAAUACUUCCUGGAGAGAAUCGACAGCGUCAGCCUGGUGGACUACACGCCCACAGACCAGGACCUCCUCAGGUGCAGAGUUCUGACCUCAGGGAUUUUCGAGACCAGAUUCCAAGUGGACAAAGUCAACUUCCACAUGUUUGAUGUCGGAGGCCAGAGGGAUGAGAGAAGAAAAUGGAUCCAAUGCUUCAAUGACGUCACUGCUAUCAUCUAUGUGGCCGCUUGCAGCAGCUACAACAUGGUCAUCCGGGAAGACAACAACACCAACCGCCUGCGGGAGUCACUGGACCUUUUCGAGAGCAUCUGGAACAACAGGUGGUUGCGCACCAUUUCCAUCAUCUUGUUCCUGAACAAACAAGAUAUGCUGGCAGAAAAAGUGUUAGCGGGGAAAUCAAAAAUUGAAGACUAUUUCCCAGAGUACGCAAAUUAUACUGUUCCUGAAGACGCGACGCCAGACGCGGGAGAAGACCCCAAAGUCACGAGGGCGAAAUUCUUCAUCCGGGACCUGUUCCUGCGCAUCAGCACGGCCACCGGCGACGGCAAACACUACUGCUACCCUCACUUCACGUGCGCCGUGGACACGGAGAACAUCCGCCGCGUCUUCAACGACUGCAGGGACAUCAUCCAGCGAAUGCACCUCAAGCAGUACGAGCUCCUGUGA